AUGUUCUUUUAUCUAUCUCCCACAGAAAAUUUCCCUCCAGAUAAUUUAUUUUUACUUUUUUCUCUUAUAUUCAUCCAUUUUUCUGUACAUAUGCAUGAAUUCAUUACUUUCUUCCAGUUUUUAUCUACUUCUCUUACUCCAUUUUUCUCACUUUAUCAUUCCCCCCUCUCCCCACCCUCUAUUUUUCAUUCUUUCUUUGUCUCUUUAAUUUUUUCUUGCUUUUCUAUUUCAUUUUCCAAUUCCAUUGUAAUCUUUCUUCCUUUAAUAAUAGCUUUCAUUUUCCCUUCUCUAUCUUUUUUUUUCUAUCCAAUGAACGUUUCCAUUUUUUUUUAUUUUUUUUUUAUUUCUUUUCUCCUUUACCAUUUCUUUAUUUCAUUCCUUCCUUUCAAUCCUAUAUUUCUAUCACUUUUCUGUUCAUUUCAUCCUUCUUUUUUCCUCUUUCCAAACUCAACUUCCUGUUCAAUUUUGUUUUUUAAUUUCUUCCUUCCUUUCCCCAUUUCAAAUACUUUUUUUUCUCUUCCUUUCUAUCAUCUUCCUUUCCCCCAACUUCAUUAUGUCUCCUUUCAACCUCUCUUCUUUAAUUCCUUGCCAUCUUUCUUUUCACACUUUCUAAACUCAGCUUUUAUCUUCACUCUCUUCCUUGUUCCAAUUUCUUUUCUUUCUUUCUGCCAUCCUUCAUUUUUAACUUAUUUCAAACUCUUCCACCUCCUUCUUAAAUCUUUAUUUCUUUCUUUCUUUCCAUUUAGAUUUCUCUUCAUCAUGUACCUAUUUAUAACACCAUUCCCCAAAACAUCCACCUUGCUCUUCAUCCACAAACCAAUUACACAACACAUAUGUCUUUGUGCAUUUCGAUAA